AUGGAUGAAAACCGACAUUUUGUAAAAGACAAUGAGAAGUCUCCUUUAACGGAAUUAGCUGUAGGUUUGGAAGAGGCUCUUUUAGCCUCACCAACACCCUGCAAUAGUGCGCCCCAACCUGGGACGAGCCGUGAAGAGGAGGGCACGUUUGCAGCCGAACCACAAUCGGAAACGAACCAGGGAGGGGAAAAGAAAAAGUUCGCUAGGCCUUAUAAGCUUAGUGGGGCAGCGGGGAAAAGGUACCGAAGGCUGAUAGCAGCUGAGAUAGGAGCCGAAGAGGCCCUCUCUCUCUGCCAGAAGCCUUGGGACGCAAUUCCUCUGCCCAAGCCUCCCCCAGUUCCGAAGGCGAAAAAACGCAGUCGGUCUGAGGAAGAGUCCCCCAAAGACCAGCCCAGGAAGACUGUGAAGCUGGCAACGGAGGAGAAGAAGCUCAGCUUCAGUGCCGUAGCUGGCUCCAUGCGUAUAGGAAUUCGCAAUUCGAAUCCUAUGAGUGUGGAGCAGAUGCGGCAGGUCCACCGGGCACUAACAUAG